ACAGCCACGCUGCACAGCCAGACCAAACAACUUUUCCCGAGUGGAGCAGAUCACAACGCGUUCAGCUGCCGCUCACUUAAGUACUGAGAUUCCCCGAAGACGCCGAUUUACACGAUCGAAAACGUGACGAGGAAACAGCAGGAAAAACGAAUUCUGCUUUAAACUCUACUCUGACAUUUUUUUUCUCUCUCGACUCAGAGUUUUUUUGUCCAUCUAUUUCUCUUUUUUUGGAGCUGAGAUGUGGAAUCUGAGGCUGUUGUUCCUCGUCGGACUGACGACAGGGUUCAUUGGUGAAACAGUAAGUAGUUUUUACUUUUUUAUUUUGAUUUAUUACAAAUUACUAAACAAUAGUAGUUUAAUUGUAGCUAAAUUUUGCGGACUCUUUUCCGUUGACUUUAUAUUUUUUUCGUCUAACGAAGUGAAGGGUCAUAUCAGCCGUUGAGAGACGUUAGGUGAACGUUUUUAUUUUGUUCCGUUGUCUCUAUUGUUACUAAAGCAACGCAACGUGUUUUUAAUGUGUAACGUUAAAGCUGUUAAGAUAUUUUAUGCUGAAUACAUUUUCUUUGACUGGUCAAUCCGGACGUUAUGCUUUUAGUAUGUGUCCUAAACAGUAACCCAGAAGAGAAGUGUUGUUUUUAGGCACGGUAACCUUCAGUGAACGACAGUAUUCAACGUUACAGUAACUAUAAGGACUAUUGUAAGGACUAAUACAGGGAUUACCGAUAUUCCACCGUAGGCUUUAUCCAAGCCGAGUUCAGGCGUCCAGUUGCUAUCAAGUUCACGCUGGGCCAAAGUCUGUUCAGCCCCUAAAGCUCAGAGGAGCGUUGACGUUUUAAACCCAAACCUCCAGAUCUGACCUGAAUUUCUCAUCCUCACAGUCAGAUCUUGGGAAACUUCUAAAUUUCAUCUUCUCAGAAUUAGAUGUCAUGUGAAUCAAUUAGGCAGAUUAACUGAAAAAAAAAAAAAAACCCAAGAAUGAGAAAGGCAUCCUGCCUAAACUGACAAGUUAGAGAGGUGAAUCUCUCACAGUGCUAUCUCCUCUGAGGGUCUGCUUUAAAAGCUGGGAAACACCUGGAAAUGACAGGCUCAAGUGGAGCUCUCCUCUGUGCAUUUUCACAUGGGCCAGAAUAUCCUGCUCGCAUGAUUUGUAGACUGUAAAAGUCUCAAAUGAGAGCCAGAAAACUUGUCCACAUCCCAAGAACUGCAUGAGGUCUUUGAUUGAUGGACUGUAUAUUUUGACUGUGAGGGAGUUGAAACUUGAGAGUUUUUCUCCUGAGAGGUUUUGAUGGCCCUGAUCCUGAAAGAGACAUGAGAGGUAUUAGAUACACUUUGGUGUUAGUUCCUUCUUUCCUUCAAAGUGUCAUAAUAUGGGAACUGAGUUGAUAAAGUAUUCUUUCAUUGUUAGAUUUGCAUUUGUAUUUCUGCUUUAACCUACCUGUUUUUAACACACACACGCACUGUAACUGUUUUCUUUUGCUUCAUGCCACUAAUACACACACUUAAGUCUUAAUUUGCUGGGCGUGAUGGAUCCUAGUGUGUAUUCAAACUGUCGCUCUUGCUGAAUGUGGCUGUAGAAUUACUGGUUAGCUAGUAAGUGACAUUACUCAAAUCUAAACUAUGAAUGUUGAAACCGGCUUUUCGCCCCCGUGACAGAUUGCGAGUCGGUAGUUGUGUCAUUUUCUGGAUGGAUGACUCACAGUGAGUCCCACCAGGCUAGCUCAGACAAGCUGAGAGCUGCGUGGGAUACAUGCAGUUUUUCAUCCUACCAAAGUAGGCAAAAGGAAGAGUGUCACACCUGCCCUCAUUAUUAUCGAUUAUAAAAUUUCACAGUGAAACAGAUAAUUAGAAGACAUAUCACACUGAGAAUUACUGGUUUACUUUGAAAACAGGCAUGUAACUGCUGGUAUUGUGGAGAUACAUUGAUAUGCUUUUUGCUUCUUGUGCUAUCAGUUUUACAGUAUUAGUCACAUCCUACCAAUUAUGUAUAAAAGUCUGUCCACAUCCUGUUAGUGUGACAGUCUUUGAUUGGCUGGCUGGGUUGGACAUAAAGAACUAAACCUAAAUUGUUAAAAACUGAUCUAGAUAUUUUUUUUUUAAAUCAAUGCCAAGUACCAGUGAUGUUGUGGUUAGAUUUUGUUGAUAAGCUUUUGUACCUCUUUUUGCCCCAUCACCUAACUCUGUAUAUUUUCACGAUCUUAUCUUAUGUGAUACUCCUCUCAGUGAGGAGACACGCUAUCUUCUUUUUGCAUGAUAUAAGUUGUGCAAUUCUGAGUCCAGGUGUUUGAAAACUUGUACAAAAUAGUCGAAUUUGGCUCCAGUUUCAGUGAAAUUGUUGUAUUUGAAUUUGUGGUAAGUUUUGGACUCAUAGCCUUGGUUAAACGCACCCCUCUUUAAACACAACGCUGUGUGCUGCUGCUGCAGCUAUCAACAUGGUGAUGACAGGCCUGCUUUGUACUUGUGGAUGUUACACAACCCCGCUCUGAGCCCAUCUACCCUGUGUUAUCGCUUACUUUCAUCUCAUUGUGAAACAGCUUACAUUAUUAACUGUUAAUCUAAUGUAAACAAAAAGUAGGGUUGUAUAUCAAUAUACUGAUUUAAGUAUUUAAUAACACAUUCCCAAACACACUCAUAAAUCAUCAAUAAUGCACGCCAGUUGUGUUUUAUCAUUAUGACCUGGCCGUUCCCAGAAAACUGUCCUCAUGCCAACAACUCCAGAUGGUUAUAUACAGCCUGUGUGUGUAUAUUUGUGUAUGUGUGUGAGCUAUGUACAUACAGAAUGUAUGUUUUCCAGAUGUGUGUAACCUCUGAGUGACUUACUCAUGUCUUUCGGUAAUCCCUAAAACAGAGCUUCUUCCUUGCAAGGGGGUGUUGGUCAGAACAGAGGUGGCAGUUUUUUUAACCUUGUGUAUUAUUUUGUGUAAUACACUGCCUGUACUUGUUUAUAUUAGACAUUAUUGAUCAAAAAAAGAGCCUCAAACAUUUGCAAACUUUCAUAUUUUGAGAUUUACCUUUUCCUAAUUUAUCAACGAAUCAAUCACUGAUCAAAACUGCUAUUUUUGUGUCAAGCUCAUGUCACAGUUGGAUUUAGCAGUUAGUUGGACUAUGACGUGUGAAACUCUGGUCAUUUUUGUACUGUGUUUUUAAAAAAAGCAACACAACAUAUGACUUUUCAAAACAAUUCAUUGGUCAUGUUUUUUUAUAACAGAGGAAACUCCCUCAGCCUCCUCCAAUUCACUCACAUCUGAUGAAAAAUGGGAAACUGUGUCACUUUAACAAUCUCAUUGGAGACUCGUAUUAAAAAAGGCAAAAACAAACUGAAUAAAGCGAGAUAAAUAAUGUGUUAAUUGAUGAUAAAUUUACAAAACACUACACUGGAAAAGGGCUUAAAUUAAGAUACCCACAUGGGUAUGCACUUAAAAUGACCUCUAUCAAAUGUGUAACACUGAGAUUUCUUGAAUUGUAGCAACUAAUACAUUUGUUUUCAAAACUAAUAUUUUGUCAGAUAUUGUGGAAAUAAGUUUGAUCAGGAAUUCUUGUUUGUCUUUUGUUUCUCAUGGAGCCCACUUCACUCAGAAACUAUUCCUGCUGUCCUGAAGUUUCAGUUUCUCACAUAUGAAGACUGGUCUCAUGUAAUAUACACGUUUAUUUAACAGCCCUGUUUAUUGAUAAUGAUGACACCCUCAAGACGAUCUCACUGUCAAUGUUUGUGAUGAAGUACUUGAAGUUGGCUGGUGUGUUUGUGAGUCCAGCAGUUCAGCAGACCCCUAAAAAGGGGAAUCCUACCAUUGUAUGUAGGUACACUGCAUCAUAUAAUCAGUGCAAGCUCCUCUCAGAGACAACAAAAAGUUGUGUCCUCCAGCAGUAAAUUCGCACCAGUUCAAUCCUUAAACUCAGUAGCGGUCCAUCACAUUUGUGUGCCCGCAGUAGUCCUAGUCCCCGUGUCCAUGUGCUGUCUGUUUUGAAAGACGGCACAGCAUCUGCUUUUGUAAUCCCUGGUUGAAGACAACAAGAAUGUGAGUUGGCCCUCUCUGCUAUUUUAGCUAGCACUGGCAUUUGGAGAGUGUUGACUUUUAAAAACAAGGAUGUUAAUGAUUUUCUGUUUGGCUUGUCUCACCACAUUAUGUGAGCACAUAUGAUGUAUCUGACAAUGGUUUUGUCUUGUUAUAUCCCUGCCUGGAUUAAAAAAAUAUGAUCUACAGUUAUUAAAUAAUUGAGUAGAUUUUGUAAUCACAUCUUGGUGGUGGGCUUGCAGAAAGAUAUUCAUAGAAUUAAUGGUUUGGUUAGUCUUUGUCUUCUGUUGAUAUUUUGUCCCACUGGAGACCACAAAUAUACAACCAUCCAUGCUUCAGGAAUCGGUUCAUGUUUUUACUUAGUUCAAGUGUCAGUAUAAAUGAGGCAGUACAACUCCUCACAAGUUUCCUUCCAUGUCCUCAGCACCUGUUUUAUGAGAAACUGAGUACUGUCCUUGUCUCUUUCCUUUCUUUCUUCAGGCUCCCCUCUUUCUCCCUCUCUCAGCACCUGUGUUAGUGGAAGCAUAGUAUACAUACCAGACAUACUUCAGGUCUCAAUGGGCCAUAUUCAUCCAUGUCUCUGUGUGUAUGUGUGUCUCUCUCUCUUGUUGUCUUGUUAUCAACAUCUGCUGAGUUAUUUGUCUUUUUUUGGUUCUCAGACUCAUAAUCUGGUUGCUGUCUUUGAUUCAUGUGUUUUUCUUGGUCUGUCUUGUUUAUGGGCUUUCCCAAGUUUGCUCAGCUUGUUGUAUUCAGCUCAGACACAGAGGCUGUCUUACUGCAACAAGCUGCUGAAUAACGUCAUCUAUUUAAGUACCUCUUUUCUUUGGCUUAAGCGUAGUUUCCAAGCCUUAGAUGAUGAGAUUAGCAGGGUUUCGCUUGACUUCAAAGUCUUCUUAGUCGUGUUUAGGUUAGAAGAAGGUUUCCUUAAGCUUCAGUCUUAUAAAUGCAACGGUAUAUUUUCCCCUGUGUGUGUCAUCUGGUCUUUGAAGCUGCUUUUUCUCUCCCCCUCAAGCACAGAUCAUUGCUCUAUAGCUCUGUGAAGCAUCACAAAUUACUGCCACAACUCAUGAAAUGAACAAAAAACUGGCCUCCGUCUACUGUACACGACUGCAAAUCUACUCUGACACCAACAGAAAUCAGUGCACACUCUGGCAUAUUUCGCCUGCAUAGGUCACUGGUUGUGUGAGAUAUUGUCUUACUAACUGUAGAGGCGUCCACAUGUUUUCAAUUAGUGGUAGGAAUUCUGUACGUAUGGAUGAAGGAGUUCUCUGUGUCUUCUGUCUCGUCUUUCUGUCUUUUAUGAGUACUACACACCCUGCAGCUUUACUUAUGAUAACACCUUUUUUUUUUCUCUUGCUUUCUCAGCUCUUUGUUUCCUCCCAGUCACCCAUCUCUGCAGCGGACGACUUGUACAUAGAGGGACUAUCAUCAGGUGACCUCCCCAUAGACGAUGAAGAUGGAGAUGAAGAUGAUUCUGGCUCUGGAUCCGGAGACUACGGUAAGGAAACCUCUGCUUUUGUUUAAUUAUUAUUGUAUAGUCUUAGUUUAUUCAUUUAGGAAGGAAAAUGGAGAGUUACACUGUGAUUAUCAUCUUAGAAUUGCACAGUGCCCACACGUCUAUGUGAUAGCUGGAUGUAGGAGCGUAAAUUAAAACGUAGGAUAUAUUUACAGAAGUGCUACAUUCUGGAACUUAAUUGUUAGAUUAUCACACCUCAUGGUCUGAAAUCACAUCUCCAGUUUAUUAGUUUCACCAGUGAGUGACGUAAGCUUUGUAGACCCAGGACUCUCACACUCAGACACAGAAGCUCACUCAUUGCCAGAUGUUUGUCCGGUGGGGAUUUGGAGUGAACUGGUGGAGUUUUUAUGGGAGGAACACAGAUGUCAAAUAUUUCUUCUUGAUUGCUGACUCAUCUUUCUAUCCACAGUGAGUAAUGUGUUGGAACAACAAUGUGGGCAAAAGAUUAAAACAGGGUUGGGUGAAUCCCCAUGAGUUAUAACUCUCAACCGACUGGGUCAGUUAAAGUCCUGAUAGCUAGUGUUAACAUUUCAUCACUGUCCCACAUAAAACUCAAAACUCCAAGACAGAAACUUUUCCUGCGAUGAGACAAACUGACUUGCUUUUGCUCUGUCAGUUCAUUUUCCACACAUCGAGUUAUAUGAUGGUUUGUUUAAUUUCCUCUAACCAUAGAGUACUACCUCAUCCUUAAACUUCCUGUGAGAAUCACUUGGUUUAUGAAGCCUUUGACAAAAACAAUACCUCUUAUCACUUUGCUGGUUUUAUGCUGUAAAUAUGUGAUUUAAAAUUAGUAGCACAACAGUCCUAUCUCUUUUUCAGCCCAUGUACCAUUGUUAAUGCCAGAGAUACAAACUUGUGCACAUUACAGGGGAAACUUAUCGACUAAGUGUCAAUUUAUUUUGUUCUCUUCCAGGUUUUGGUGACCUGGCGGAUAAAGAAGAGCAACUCAAGAGGUUCCUUAACCUCUCCAGCACCACAGUCUCAAAAGAAACUGUUCCAGUUCAACCACAGCCAACAGCAGGGCCUCCUCCAAGCCCACAGCCCACAACAGUAGACAGCCAGGAUCCUCUCACCACAGUGGAAGAGACCAAGCCCACACCAUCCAACCCACCUGAUGAGGACAGCAGUGAUGAGAAGGUACAAUUUGGUUUUCUUUUCUACAAAUCCUCAUUGUGAAAGUAGAAUAAAGAAGCGUGUAUUAUUCAAUAUGUUCAAAAAAAGUACUAAAAAUGUAACUACUCCACAUGUUCCUCCAGGUUGCAGGUGUUGGCACAACAGCAGGUGUGUCCACUGGGAACACCAGUCCCAGCUCUGCCAGCACACCUCUCAGUGACACUACUUCAACCAAAGUUGGCAUGGACGCCAGUGUGACAACUGAUGCAGAGGACAACAGUGUUGAUGUGUCAGCACCCAAAGGCAGUGAAGAUGAGGUCCAGACCACAGAGGGUGACAAUGAAAUUGUGGCAAAAGAUGGCAAAGGCAGUCGGAUAUAUGAGAUGGACACUCCUGAAGAGGUGACUUCAGAGAACCUGUGGGAGAGGACAGAAGUUCUGGCAGGUAUGAUUAACGCUCAAUUAAGCUUCACUUGUUUUUUUUUUUUGUUCAUGCAUGUCUUAUUCAGCAGGUUCAAGUCACUGAAAUUUAUAGCAACUGCAGUCAAAAAUGGAAAAGAUAUAUAGAAAUGAUAAUAAAACCAACCUCAUUGCCUGGAAGCAAGUCUUUCGUUUUUAUGAAUUGUGUUGACGAUUGUUUUUAGGUUUAUUAUUAUAAAGUGAGGUACCCAGUCAUAAAAAUAUAAAAACUCUUUACUUAUUUCUCCUCUAGCGGUGAUUGCAUGUGGAGUGGUCGGAUUCCUCUGUGCUGUUUUCCUCCUCCUCCUCCUGGGCUACCGGAUGAAAAAGAAGGACGAAGGCAGCUAUGAACUAGGAGACGUCAAACACUCCUCAACGACCUAUCACAAAGCACCUACCAAGGAGUUCUAUGCCUGAACUGACUAACAGAGACUUUAAAGGGGGGGAUUUUUUUUCUCCUCCCAAUCAGAACUUCGAUUAGGUGUAAACACACCUGAAGACAAUUCCUCUCCAUGGAGUUUGAAGUCUAGCAUGUCUGUUCUUCUGCAGUGCCCCUUCCUGAGUUUUUGUCAUCUUUCCAGCCUCGAUAUAGUGACCAUUGUUUGUGUGAAAGAGGUCAUAGGUGAUAAAUGAGCCAGUUCAAUCACAUUCUCAUCGCUCCACUCUGACUAAGGUGGUGAACGCUAAAUACCCAUUCUAAAUCUGAAGAAAGGAAUUUUUUUUUUUCAAUUACUUACAACUUUUUGGUCUACAAAAGAAUUCAUCUUUAAGUAUUGAUAACACUGUGCCUUUACACUCACUAAACUUCUCAAUGCUGAUCCACACUGAGCUGGACUUUGUUCAGUAUUACAGACAAAUUACUUGUCCCAUACAGCAGAGUGUCAGCCUGAACCAUUGCAGUUCAGCUCAAAAGCAUAGAGAAAGUUCAGUGUAUAUUUAAUAGCCUUAAUGCAUUUUUGAAUAGACACGGUACCAAAUAUGAGAUUAAUGUUACAAAGAGCCUUCAAAUUUGUUCUUUUCUUUAAGGGUAAAUUUGCUCUCUUUGUUAACAUUGUGACAUUUCAUUUUCUGUAUACUUGCUUUGCUAAAUUGAAGAUUGUUUGGUUCCAAGGAUGUUUUUUAUAUGUUGUGCAGUAUUGAUAUGAGAGGCUUUGUUACUCUGCAGGUACAUAUUUUUUGUUGUUCUCUCAUAGAUAUUUGUUCAAAUAUAAAUGUGCUUUAUUUGUCUUUUUCAAAGUUAUUUUUAGUAGUAUUUUCAAUAUGUUGUGUUUUUUAAGAGAUUAUAUCUCAUUAAGCCAUUUUAAUAAGAACUUUUUUGUCUUUUCAUUGAAUUCAUACAAGAGUUAAGUCUUGAAGCUUACCUCUGUCUUGCAUACACAAUAUUUCAGGACUUUUUUUAUGGGACAGGGUUGCUAAGGUAGAGCCAAGGCUAAUAACUAUAAUUCUGAAACCGUAGAAGUAACCAACAUUUUCUGAGGACUGCCAGAGCACAUUCCUGUCUCACUGUCAACUGUAUACAGCUAAAACAGCUGGUUUGCAUUUAAAGGGACAGUGGCAGUAUGUAGUGUUUUUACAGUAUCAGUAUAGAGUCAGGAUGCAUUCUCACAGCAGGGCUGGAGAGUUGCACACAGUUAUAGAAGUAACUUUAAAUCUCAGCUGUUAUAAACAGUUUGAAAGACUGGGGUGUAACAACAUAGUCACACAUUCACUUUAGUUUGUUGCGAUACUCUUGAGUAACAUGUCAGGUUUUGAACAUAUGUUUCCUCCUUUUUGUUCUUUACCUCAGCCAGCCAGCGAGCAGGGACUUCUCUCUAGAUUUAGUGAGGAUUCAGGAGGCAGUUAGCAGCGACAACGGGGUAGUGUUCCCAUAUGAGACAACAUUGAUUUUACACCCUGUAAAUUAUGUUUCAGAUGAUGUGCUGAGGAAAAGCCCUUCGUAAAAUCUCAGCUACCUCCUCCACAUCAUGUGUCAUAGACCAAAACUUUUUCACUUCAGCCUCGACUUGACCAGGGGGAGACUAGUUGUGUUGAAGCAGCUGUAUUUGUGGCCUCUAAAGAUAAUGAAGAGGUCAGCUCCAGAUGAGGGGUCAGUGAUUGAAACAUGCAGAGAGAUGGAGGACUAAGUGCUGAAACUGUGACCACCUAUUCUCACAACCUCAUGAAAGUACAUUUGUUUCAGGUUGUUUUGUUUCUGCUGCUUGGAAUAUGCCAACUUUGACUCAGUUGUCACAACACAAACAUUAAACUGCUUAAUGCAAACAGGAUGAUAAAUAUCAAAAUGGUGUGUGACACUGUAUUUGUCUUCUGUCCCUGACUUGAGGCUUUUAACAGUCUUGACAUGAUAUAGGUUUCUUCCAAUAGCUGAAAAGACUAUUUAAUGGAGUUGUUAGUGUAAAUGCUAACUACCUAUUCUCUAUGGCUGGAAUAAACAAAGUUCUUACCACCGAUCCACUGUGAUUUACUUGAUAACAUGAACAUUUUGGCUGUUCUUGAAUGCUCAGUGCCUCAAAACACAUUGUAUACAUUACCGGUGCUUCUGCAGCACUAGUCUCAUGCUUUAAUAGUUAAGGACUUGACUCAUUUUUUCAUCCACACCAAUAAAACAUUCAGGGGGUCUCUGAUAAUUCCUAAGAGGUAUACGACAGCUGGUUAGCACUUGCUACCAAUCCAACAGAGGAUGACACAAAAUAAGCGAUCUGUUGUGGGAUCACUGUUGGUUUCCACAGUAUGCUGAUGAUAUAAUUUAUAUGUAUUAAUUUAUGCUUGUUCAGAAUAAAAUCCAGGUUAUCAAAACAGCAAUGAAGUGGGAUUGUACAGUAUUUACAAAUGGAUGAAGCAUCUUUGUUAUUGUUACUGUUUAUGUUUUUAAUAUUUAUGGUUAUAGAUUAUUCUACAGGUGUGGUUCAGUUCAUUUUCAAUUUCAUCAUUUGCUGUCUUGGAAUUUUUAAAGUAGUACUAUGUAAUCCUUAUAAAAACUUACUCACCUCUACUUUUAUUUGUUUAGAAGUUGACUUUGAAUUGACUGAAGCCCUGUUUUAAUAAAUACACACCUGCACAAUGGCACAAUGAUGGGGACCAACCAAAAUAAACAAGAGGGAAAUGGUGACAAAGAGACCAAAGAUGGCCAAACAGUACAAUACAACUGUGUUAAUGAAAUAGUGUAUCUCACAGGGUUCACUACUGAAUAAAAAGGUGGCUUUAAUGCAUUUCUAAAA